AAUUUUGCUCAACCCGAGCACAAGUUUGAUCAUUUUUGGGCUUUUUUUCUUUAAAAAUUGCCCAAUUCCCGUCAUUCGAGCGUCAAGACUCUCCCAAAACGAGUCAUUAGCAGCUUUAUUGCGCCUGAAUUCCGUACAAGAACUCGAUUACCUCAUAUUUUACAACACAAAAAGCAUAUUUUUGUACACGAGCCGUACUAACUCUAUAGAUUUAAAGUGCAAUAAUUUAUUCUAAACUAAGACACAACAAAAUGACGUCUCCCUGGAAGAUAAUUGAACCCGCAGAGGCGGAUGUUAGUUCCAAUUUGAGCGAAAUCAUGAACGAAGAGUACGCGAAACGCUUACAAGAGGAAGAAUUCAAGAAAGUAAAAGGCCCAAAAGUUCCAAUCCCGUCAAUUGACGUUGUUGAUGCUGUUCCGCAUGACGUUGAACCGCCUUCGAAACCCUCGGGAUUGCCGCCAGAAGUGUUGGAAGCACUAAAAGACGAACCGGAUUUCCAAAAAAUUGUCGAAAUGGACAGCGACUGGCAAAUUGCUCAAACGCUGCAGGAGAUGUACAUCAAAGAACACGACAAUUACUUGAAAAAAGUCGAAAAAGCAAACAAUAAAAACUCAAAAGUGCAGAUCAGUUACAGCAAAUAUCGCAUUGCGCCCGAAGAAUUGCAGGGAGAAGACUCGGAUGCGGAAGACAAUCAACCGAUACCGUACGAGGAACGCAAGGAUUGGGAUCGUUUCGAGACAAACGAGAAGGAAUUCUCGAAAAUUAGCAAGAAAAAGAACACAACGACGAAUGUCGAUGGCGAAAUCAAGACAAAACACGAUGCGGAGAUCGCGGGACGUCGAAAUGCGUGCAAAGUAAUGUCUUUUCCGCCGGAAUUCGAAACUGGCGAUGCCGGAUCGUUCGAUAUGAAGUUAAAUAACACAGUUUUCAAUCAACUGAAGCAAAGUGUGAAGCAAACGAAGAAGGUAAAUCGGGCUUUUGAUCGAAAAGAAGCCGUUGAAACUGCAGUUAUGGGUCUUGAUGAAGCCACGCGCUUGAUUUUGUACAAAAUGAUCAAUAACCAACUGUUGGAAAGUGUCGACGGAGUAAUUUCCACGGGGAAAGAAGCAGUUAUUUUGCAUGCGGAAACCGAUCCAAACGGCGAAUCAAAUGCUCUUGUGCCAAAAGAGGUUGCCAUCAAGAUUUUCUCGACGACGCUGAACGAAUUUAAGCAACGCGAUCGUUACAUCAAAGACGAUUAUCGCUUCAAAGGACGUUUUAGCAAACAAAACUCGCAUACGAUCAUCAAUAUGUGGGCCGAGAAGGAAAUGCACAACUUGCAACGUCUCAAAAAGGCGGGAAUUUUAUGUCCCGACGUCAUUGUCUUGAAAAAACAUAUUCUCGUGAUGUCCUUUAUCGGUAGAAAUACUGUUCCCGCGUUGAAAAUCAAAGAAGCACGCUUGUCGGAUGCCGAAUGGUCUGUCGCCUACGAAGAAACGCUCCAAAUUAUGCACAAAAUGUACAAUGACGCGCGUUUAGUGCAUGCUGACUUCUCCGAAUACAACAUUUUGUGGUAUAACGAUCAAAUUUGGGUCAUUGACGUUGCCCAAUCCGUUGAGCCGCAGCAUCCGGGCGCCUUGGAAUUUCUCAUGCGGGAUUGUGAUAACGUUGUGACGUUCUUCAGUAAAAAGGGAGUUCCUAAUGUCCUGACGAGAGAAGAGCUCUUUUUUAAUAUCACGGGACUUGAUCCGUUGACUCAUAAUGCGAAUCAAUUGGAGAGGAUUCAUAUGAAGGGACCUGCAGCUCCUCAUAUCGCCAAUAACAUGAUGCAAAAUGACGACGAAAUUCCCGAUAGAUUUAAGCCUUUGGUUUAUCCGUUCGAACUUGCAUGGGAAAAAGUUGAAGAAAUGAAGAAAAAUUCCACGCCAGAUAAUUUUGAUGCACUUCAGCAGUUGAGAUAUCAAGAAAUAUAAAAAAAAAGAAAAUUAAUAAAUUUGAAGGAAAAAUGUUUGAAAAAUUUUAAAAGUCAAAUUAAAAAAAAAAUAAGUCAAAAUUUUUUUUACUGCUCAUUUUCGAGUUAUUUGA